CAAACCCGGCCCCUCGUCUGGAGGCCUCCCCCGAUCCAGUGCCUGCUGGGCACCUCCUCUGGACCUCACGGCCCCUUGAAGCCCCUGCCCUGUCCCACAACGGCUCCACUGGCUUGUCCUGGCCGCCCAAGCCCCAGGGGCUCCUAACCCGCUAUUUUAUCUCAACCCUCAGCACCGAUGAAGAAACUAAGGCUCAGAGAGGCUAAGUCAGUAGCUUGAGGCCCACAGCUGGCAGAGGAUAGAGGUGGGUGGGGUGCCCAGCUGAGUCGACUGGGGGCCCUCUCCCCACUCCGGGCAGGCUGUGAAGGGGAAGGGCAGGGGGCCCCACUGAACCUCCCCCUUGCCACCACCCGUCCAUCUGUUGUGGUCAGCUUUCUCCUGAAGGCACGGCCUGCCCACGGCCACCGAGGACACUGAGGCCGACACAGGCUGCGGAGGCCAGGGUCCCGCCCUGAGGACAGCUCGUACACAAAAGGCCCAGCUCCCCAUCCUCCAGGAGACAGCAGCUUCAUGGCGGCCGAGGAGAUGCACUGGCCCGUCCCCAUGAAGGCCAUUGGUGCCCAGAACUUGCUGACCAUGCCUGGGGGUGUGGCCAAGGCUGGCUACCUGCACAAGAAGGGCGGCACCCAGCUGCAGCUGCUCAGAUGGCCCCUGCGCUUUGUCGUCAUCCAUAAGCGCUGCAUCUACUACUUCAAGAGCAGCACGUCAGCCUCCCCGCAGGGCGCCUUCUCGCUGAGUGGCUACAACCGGGUGAUGCGGGCAGCUGAGGAGACGACGUCCAGCAACGUCUUCCCCUUCAAGAUCAUUCACAUCAGUAAGAAGCACCGCACGUGGUUCUUCUCUGCCUCCUCUGAGGAUGAGCGCAAGAGCUGGAUGGCCUUGCUGCGCAGGGAGAUCGGCCACUUCCACGGGAAGAAGGAGCUGCCUCUGGAUGCCAGCGACUCCAGCUCGGACACAGACAGCUUCUACGGUGCCAUCGAGCGGCCCGUGGACAUCAGCCUCUCUCCGUACCCCACUGACAAUGAAGACUAUGACGACGAGGACGACUCGUACCUGGAGCCCGACUGCCCCGAGGCCGGGGAGCCCGAGGAUGCCCUGAUCCACCCACCGGCCUACCCCCCACCUCCGGUGCCCACGCCCAGGAAGCCCGUCUUCUCUGAUGUGCCCCGGGCCCGCUCCUUUUCCUCCAAGGGUCCAGGCCCUCUGCCGCCACCUGCGCCCCCUAAGCGCGGCCUCCCCGAUGCCGGCCCGGCCCCCGAGGACUGCAGGAAGGAGCUGCUGGGCCCGAGGCGGCUGGAACCUGGCCCCAGGGUGCCCGCCCCCUCCUGGAGGGUGAGUGAACCCCCACUGGGCGGCCUGCCCGCCGUGCCCAGCCGCAAGCCACCUUGCUUCCGCGAGGACGCCAGCCCCGGCCCAGAGCCCCGGGUCCCUGGCCAUGGCGCCAGCUCUCCCACUAGCUCUGCCGGCGCAGCCGCUGCCACCUCCAGGAACUGUGACAAGCUCAAGUCCUUCCACCUGUCCCCUCGGGGGCCACCCACACCUGAGCCCCCUCCCGUGCCGGCCAACAAGCCCAAGCUCCUGAAGAGGGCUGAGGUGGCCCCCCCGAGGGAGGCAGCCAAGCCCGGACUCUUCGUGCCCGCCGCGGCCCCCCGGCCUCCCGCACUGAAGCUGCCCACGCCCGAGGCCACAGCCCGGCCCGCGAUCCCGCCCGGGCCAGAAAAGCCGCCCCGCCCCCACCUCCAGCGAUCACCCCCCGAUGGGCAGAGUUUCAGGAGCUUCUCCUUUGAAAAACCCCGGAAACCCGCGCAGGCUGACGCGCCGCAGGCGGACGCUGGCGGGCAGGACUCUGAUGAGGACUACGAGAAGGUGCCCCUGCCCAGCUCAGUGUUCAUCAACACCACGGAAUCUUGCGAAGCGGAAAGGCUGUUCAAAGCCACGAGCCCCCGGGGAGAGCCCCUGGACGGCCUCUACUGCAUCCGGAACUCCUCCACCAAGGCGGGGAAGGUUCUGGUCGUGUGGGACGAAACCUCCAGCAAAGUGAGGAACUACCGCAUCUUUGAGAAGGAGGCGAAGUUCUUCCUGGAGGGCGAGGUCCUGUUUGUGAGCGUGGGCAGCCUGGUGGAGCACUACCACACUCACGUGCUGCCUGGCCACCAGAGCCUGCUGCUGCGGCACCCCUACGGUUACGCCAGGCCCAGGUGACACCUGUACCGCACGCUGCUGGGCAGAGACGGCCACGGGGCCACAGCCCUGGGCCACGCAGAAGGAGACUGGCCUGCACGGGAGGACGAGCGGGAGCCAGCACCGUGCUCUGACCCGGGGCCUCCCCAGUGGACACCUCAUAGCGAUUGCCAGGCCAGGCCCCGCCCAGCAGGCUGGGUCCCCGGGGCUCGGCCAGGCCCUGGGCUCCAGAGAAUUGUGUGGGGCUCUCCUGUCUCACCGUGCCACCUCCCAGGAGCCCAGGACUGAGCCUAGUCUGGACUUGAUUUACAGAAAUUCUGGUCCCCCCCCCCGGCACGCCCCCCCGGGCACUGGGCUGGGAGCUGGGCAGGGCUGGGGUAUGUGGGGUGGGGCAGGGGCUGGACCCCCCAGGAACGCUACAACGCAGGCUCCGUGAGGGGCCGGUACCGCACAAUAAAGGUACCGCACAAUAAAGCACAGAUGACCUUUGCCCCCAGUGGCCAGGGCUGCACUGGGAAGGGGGCACGGCCGGCCUU